AUGACAGCCAAAUCAAAGAAGAGCGCGAGAACGGCAAGAGCUGCAUCAUUGAUGGUGGACAAAACGAUGGCGGCCAAAAGUUCAACGUCGUCUCUUAUCAACGUGAACACAGCUGUGCAGCAGAAAACGACCCAUGCUGCCGCCGUUGCUGAUUCACUUGUUACUCAACCAGGAGAACCACAGUCAGUUAAGAGACCGUUGGAUCCCAAAACAGCGCGAGGGCCGGUGACGGAUCCGAACUUCUUAACGUUGAAAGGUCUUGCCAAAACAAUGGCAGAUCAACAAAGUGUGAAAGGAGGACCUUUUCCGCCACCACCAGAGCCAGCACCAGCACCCCUCGCUGAACCACUACCGAUUUCAAUGACAGCUAUCGGUGGUGAAGGCCAAUAUGAAGACGUCGACGUGAUACCCGAUGCAGUGCUCGAGACGCCGCCGCCUCCACCACCUCCUGCAGUAAAACCAAAAGCGGUGGCCCCGGUACCAGCAGCAAAAAAGCCGUCUACUUUGCCACUUAAACCGCCAGCUCCUCCGCUAAGACCUGCAGGAUUUGCGGCUGCACCGAAACCGUCUCCUAAACCUCCUCCAGCGGCAAAGCCAGCAGCAAAAAUGCCGAGUCCUGCAGCGGCAAAGAAGAAGUGA